CAUGUUUUUAUGCUGAAAUUUAAGAAAUUGAAAAACUGGAGGCCUUUUUAGUGUUAAAAUUAUAGCAGACUUAUAGCAAAAGUCCUUGUAGCUUAAAAUAAAUACUUGUAUUAACGUAAAGCUUACAGGAUUAGUAAUAAAACACCAUGGAUUGGAGUUGGGCUGUUGAUGGUGUAACAAAUGAAACCCCACGUACCAUGGGUCCCGAAUGUGAAGCUUACAUGACCGAUCGUAGGCGUUGGAUAGAGGCUGUUUUAUUUUGUAUUCUAUUCACUUGCAUUAUCAAAUGGGCUACGAAACGUAUGGAACCCAUACAUAUACCAGAUGCCAAAGAACUUGAGAAACCUCAUUCAACGACACGUCUAAUGCUAUUGAUAUUUAUGACUUUAAUUUUUGGCAUAGAAAUGGGUUUUAAAUUGGCAAAUAGAUCUGUGAUAUUCGUUUUAAAUCCUUGUCAUAUCCAAACAUUAGUGCAAAUAUAUCUUUUAGCCGCCAAGCCUAAUAAAUUGACUAUAACAUUAUUUAGAAUACAAAUGAACAAUUUAAAUGGACCAGUUUUGGCAUUCGUAUUCCCCGAAGUUGAUUGCAGAACAUUACCAUUUGAACAGGCAACAUAUUGGAUUCAACAUGCCAUGCUGUAUAUAAUACCGGUUUACAUAAUAAGAACGGGGGCUUAUCAAGUGGAAGAUAUAAAAGACUUUAAUUGGGCAAUAAUAGGUGUAGAAACACAAUUAAUAUAUCAUUUUGGAGUAUUAAACUUUUUUUCAAUACGGACUGGCAUCAAUUUAAAUCAUAUGUUAUGUGCCGCUGAAUCGGAUCCCUUUCAAGGCGAUAACUAUCGUAUAGCCGCUGUGAUACAUGAGUCAAUUCUUUGUCCCAUUUUAAAUAAACUGACGGUACUAAUUUUUAGUACACCGAAGAGUAUACAAUACAAUGUUAUGACAAGGCGUAACAUGCAACAAACUAAAAAACAAAGCCAUCAACAACAACAACAAUAUUCAAAGUUAACAGCAACAACUACAACCACAUUACAUAAAAAACAACAACAACCGGCCAUUAGUGAAACAACAUAUUAUCCAGAUGAUAGAAGAACAGAAACAACAAAACUAAUAAAUCGUAAAUCAAAUCCAGCAGAUUAUCAGCAACAUGAUCACUCACCACAACAUCAAUUGCAUCAGCAACAAUAUCAACAACAACAAGAACAACACGAAAAGAAAGAUGCUGUGUUUAAAGGCGACUAUAUACUUGAACCAGACGACAUGGACAUGGAAGUCAUUGAAGAUCCCACAGCCACGUCUGCAACGUCAGCGUCUAUGAACGCUGAGUAUACAAUGCCCACGACUAAAAUUGAUUAGUAUUUAAAGCAAUUUCAAAGAGUAUUAUUAACUGUCCGACCGAUCUUAACAAUAGCCAUCAAUUAAGAGACUUAAUUGUUCUUACAAAGAAUAAUGAGUACUGUAGCAACUGUCAUUACAA